AUGAGUCCUCAUCGUCCGCCACGCUCCAGUACGAGUAGUACAUCACCACCUACCGAAGAUCGUGGUGGAACACCGCCUCCAACGUAUAGGUCUUCUCUCCACACCAAGCCCUCGUUGGAUAUCAUCCCACGCAUCGAACGGAAGCUCGCGCAGUACAAUGCGUCACAGAACCUCUACAAACGGUGGCUGUUUGAGAUCCUAAGUGUAGCAACGAGUGCUGUCUGUAUAGGAGCGAUUGUCGCCAUACUCGCUGUGUUGAAAGACCGUCCACUAGCGCGAUGGCCCCUCGGACUGACCGUCAUCACUAUUCUCUCCAAAAUCGCAUCAGCAGCGCUCAUUCUGCCGAUUUCGGAAGCUAUUGGGCAGCUGAAGUGGUAUUGGUUCCAUGGUAAACAGUCUAAAGAUGCUUUCGACUUUGAGAUAUUCGACAAAGCAUCUAGGGGUGCUUGGGGCUCUGUUCUACUCCUGUUCCGUACCAAAGGAAGGUCACUUGCCGCGCUUGGUGCUCUUUUGACUGUGCUAUUGCUAGCAAUUGAUACAUUCUUCCAGCAAGUUACCGAGUCCUAA